AACCUCCCAAGCAGGAAGUUACAUUUAUAUGUUACACAGCAAACUGUGGUGGAUUUAUUAAAUUUACGUAUAUUAAAAUGGUGAUAAAUGUGAUCUACCCUAGAGAAUGACCACGUAACAACUGCCCGGGGUGCACACCAUGUCUAAGUUAAUUGUAAGGACGUUAACAGAUGUUGUAGUCGCAGCUCUCUUGUUGCAGUGCUUUUCACCUGGUGUCAUAUACGUAGAAGGCGAACCUCUAGAAUGUACCUUCGAGGCUGGAUUCUGUGGCUGGCAAAACGCCACGUGGUCGAACGGCACCUGGAAACUUCAUCGUCUUGGCACUGUUACGAUUAACACUGGUCCUCAAAACGGACAUACCAAUGCAACGCAAAACUAUUACAUCUACUUGGAAGUGAACGACUUCAAUCAAAUGGUCUUGUUGAUACUGGUCGAGGUGUAGCGCUAGUCAGUCCCACGUUGAAUUCAACCCGCUGUUUCCGUUUCUUCUACCACAUGUACGGCACGGGAGUCGGAAAAUUGACAGUAGGAGUUGUCUCCCUGGACUCACAGCAGAAGUCAGAGUUGUGGUCAAAAGUUGGAAAUCAAAAUAAUUCCUGGCAUUGUGCUGCAGUUAAUAUUGCAAGGCAAACAAAUGGAACGUUUCAGGUGUAUAUCGACGCAAGAACUGGAAGUGAUAUUCGUGGUGACAUAGCUAUAGAUGACCUCAAAUUGUACUCAACAUCACUAUGCAUUCAAUCAGAAUGUGAUUCUUCGACUCCCACCACCUCGUCACCAGGAUCAACGUCCAGUAAUACACCAUCAGAAACAACAUCACUAUCCACGAGUAUUAAAACCACCACGUAUAUCGACAACAGUCCCAAGACAACAAUCAGCAAUACAGUCAGCACGACGCCAGGAAUAGUGAUUGAUACUGCGCUGUAUUAUAUGAUCGCCAUACCUGUGGCUGUUCUACUGGCGGCUAUCGUUAUCGGGAUCGUCUGCUACUGCAGAAAAUCCUCCACACCACCCUCGGAUGACGACGCAGACAACAUCAGUGAAUACAUGGAACUGGACGAAAGCGCCAUCACGUCCGUCAAACACAACGGCCAGAUCGUGUUUCCGCAGAAUAUCGACGGUCACGUUUACGAAGAACCUGUCUCCGGCGGUUCUAGUGGAGGCGGGUACGACUCGUCUGCCCCGCGCCUCCCAGCCAAGAGUCAGAGUAUAGACGACGUGGACUACAUAGACAUGGACGCUGACCUGUAUACAACGUCUUCAUCCGCACCGCGUGUGUCAACGGCGGAGGAAUCCGGCAUGACCGCACCACCGCCGUGUGGUAAUUUCGGAUAUAUAACCGCCGUACAUCUAGAGCAACCAAACGAUCCUUAAUCUCCUACCUACCCCAACCCUUUUCCUGUCCUGGACGGAGGAGCCUGCCGAGCCCGGCACCUGCGCCCAGGACAGGCGUGCGCUACAACAGCUUGUUCUGAAUGUGCACGUAAAACCCUAUGACCUGACAUGACCUGAUCAUUAAUUGUGUAAGUAGAAACACAACCUUUGUUCUAGAAAUCGCCAAACGUUGGAUUCCUGCCUGGGAAAUGUUGGAGAAUGUGCUUUAACGUUAACUGUACACAAGGAAGAAUGCCAUGAUAAUAAUAACAAUUAUUGUAUUAGACACAAUGCCAGCUAGCUGUGAUAUUCCUAACUUUACGAUUAUGCGGUUACCUAAUUUGCAUAAGACAGCUCAGCAGGAUGUAUCCCCCACGUUGCACUCGUUUACAUCUAACAAACACGAUUCAUGUGAUAUGAUGUGCGAUCAUGUCGGCGUCUCAACAGUUGGUGACGUUUACUGUAUAUCAAUAGCAAUGCUUCCACAUGAGUGGCACGGUUCAUAUUGGUCGCGUCCGCUCCGCACCAAAAAAUCGGGUACAAGUAAAACGACCGUUAUAUGGCAUUUUAGUACCCAUUUGGCUGGGAGUUGCCGUGCUAUAAAUAUUGUAUUACACCUGUUCAAAUGUAUUACACGUGAUUAUAAACUUAUUUAAGAUGGUACAACCGUGUAUAUUUAAGGUGUUUAACAUUAAUAAACAUAAUUUAAAUUCAUCUUGUAUGACAAUGUUUAACUAUGGCUAAUUUUAAGCAUUAAGUCUUUUAAAUAUAUGUUUCUUAAUUUAAGAAAUGUGUUACAAUUUAGUAAAAAGUGUAUCUCUGUCUCGGUCAGGUUUAAUAAAAAGUGUAUAUCUGUCUCGGUCAGGUUUAGUAAAAAGUGUAUUUCUGUCUCGGUCAGGUUUAGUAAAAAGUGUAUCUCUGUCUCGGUCAGGUUUAGUAAACAGUGUAUCUCUGUCUCGGUCAGGUUUAGUAAAAAGUGUAUCUCUGUCUCGGUCAGGGUUAGUAAAAAGUGUAUCUCUGUCUCGGUCAGGUUUAGUAAAAAGUGUAUCUCUGUCUCGGUCAGGUUUAGUAAAAAGUGUAUCUCUGUCUUGGUCAGGUUUAGUAAAAAGUGUAUUUCUGUCUCGGUCAGGGUUAGUAAAAAGUGUAUCUUUGUCUCGGUCAGGGUUAGUAAAAAGUGUAUCUCUGUCUCGGUCAGGUUUAGUAAAAAGUGUAUCUCUGUCUCGGUCAGGUUUAGUAAAAAGUGUAUCUCUGUCUCGGUCAGGUUUAGUAAAAAGUGUAUCUCUGUCUCGGUCAGGUUUAGUAAAAAGUGUAUCUCUGUCUUGGUCAGGUUUAGUAAAAAGUGUAUUUCUGUCUCGGUCAGGGUUAGUAAAAAGUGUAUCUCUGUCUCGGUCAGGGUUAGUAAAAAGUGUAUCUCUGUCUCGGUCAGGUUUAGUAAAAAGUGUAUCUCUGUCUCGGUCAGGUUUAGUAAAAAGUGUAUCUCUGUCUCGGUCAGGUUUAGUAAAAAGUGUAUCUCUGUCUUGGUCAGGUUUAGUAAAAAGUGUAUUUCUGUCUCGGUCAGGUUUAGUAAAAAGUGUAUCUCUGUCUCGGUCAGGUUUAGUAAAAAGUAUAUCUCUGUCUUGGUCAGGUUUAGUAAAAAGUAUAUCUCUGUCUUGGUCAGGUUUAGUAAAAAGUGUAUCUCUGUCUUGGUCAGGUUUAGUAAAAAGUGUAUCUCUGUCUCGGUCAGGUUUAGUAAAAAGUGUAUUUCUGUCUCGGUCAGGUUUAGUAAAAAGUGUAUCUCUGUCUCGGUCAGGUUUAGUAAAAAGUGUAUCUCUGUCUCGGUCAGGUUUAGUAAAAAGUGUAUCUCUGUCUCGGUCAGGUUUAGUAAAAACUGUAUCUCUGUCUUGGUCAGGUUUAGUAAAAAGUGUAUCUCUGUCUUGGUCAGGUUUAGUAAAAAGUAUAUCUCUGUCUCGGUCAGGUUUAGUAAAGUGUAUCUCUGUCUUGGUCAGGUUUAGUAAAAAGUAUAUCUCUGUCUUGGUCAGGUUUAGUAAAAAGUGUAUCUCUGUCUUGGUCAGGUUUAGUAAAAAGUGUAUUUCUGUCUCGGUCAGGUUUAGUAAAAAGUGUAUUUCUGUCUCGGUCAGGUUUAGUAAAAAUUGUAUCUCUGUCUCGGUCAGGUUUAGUAAAAGUGUAUCUCUGUCUCGGUCAGGUUUAGUAAAAAGUGUAUCUCUGUCUCGGUCAGGUUUAGUAAAAAGUGUAUCUCUGUCUUGGUCAGGUUUAGUAAAAAGUGUAUUUCUGUCUCGGUCAGGUUUAGUAAAAAGUGUAUCUCUGUCUUGGUCAGGUUUAGUAAAAAGUAUAUCUCUGUCUCGGUCAGGUUUAGUAAAGUGUAUCUCUGUCUUGGUCAGGUUUAGUAAAAAGUAUAUCUCUGUCUCGGUCAGGUUUAGUAAAGUGUAUUUCUGUCUCGGUCAGGUUUAGAAAAAUGGGGCAGUAGAUUUGAUCUCUUGGAAUUGCGGGAUUUUUAUAUGUUCCAGUUUCAAUAUUUAAAUUGUGUGAGCUUGUUCUUAGUUUUGUAAUUGCAGAACGUUUAUUUUGGGUGGGUAGCAAGUCUUGUAAAAGUAUUAUUAUAUUUUCAACUUUGUAAUUGGUGCCAGUUGUAUGUAAAAUAUUUUGUUUUCAAAUUGUUUUUGAUAGUAUUAUUUAAUAUUGUCAUCAAAUAUAUUUUUGUUAAGUUAAGAUUAAUGUUCAUGUGUUUUGGUAGCUUCAAAAGAUUGCCAUACAACGAUUUACCAUCAUUCAUAUACAUGUAGUUAUUUCCAUUAGACAUAAAAGAUUGCCAUACAACGAUUUACCAUCAUUCAUAUACAUGUGGUUAUUUCCAUUAGACAUAAAAGAUUGCCAUACGACGAUUUACCAUCAUUCAUAUACAUGUAGUUAUUUCCAUUAGACAUAAAAGAUUGCCAUACGACGAUUUACCAUCAUUCAUAUACAUGUAGUUAUUUCCAUUAGACAUAAAAGCUUCUCUUAACAGAAUUCUAUUAUAUGGAAGUUAUUCAAGUCCAUGUUCAUAUCUAAACAUGAAUUUUGUAAUUGACGUCACGACCGGAUUACACCCAGCUUUAAAUCAACACUACAUCUUUUCAUGCACUCCUAGCAUGUAUUUUAAAUAUUUUACAUGUACUGUUUCGAAAGGAGUGUUAUCAUUGAAAAAUAAUUUUCAUAAUCAGAUAUUCCAAAUUUCACUUGAUAAGUUAAAAUCGAAAAUAUCGUGGCGUCAAAGAGCUUCAAAAAGGUAUUAUCUGGAAAUUCUUAAAAUUCCUUUAAUUUUGAUCUUAAAGAAAACGUAGCUUUUAAUGGAUUUAUACUAAAAUUUUCUUAUGCUAAUUUUAGGUUUCCAGAAUAAUGUAAUAUACACCCUAGAUAUUGAAAUCAGUCUGUGACCAAUAAUAUAGUGUUGUUAUAUUUGAAAAAUGAUUGAAAUUUCUCCUAAAUACCUUUUUUUAUUAAAAAUCUCAACAUUAGUUUUUUAAGUAUUUACUUCUAACUUCCAUCUAGUACAAUUUUAACUUAAUUCAUGUAGACAGGUCUGGGGAUCUUCGGGAGUUUUUGAUAUCAACAUUAAACUAUCCAUGUUUAUUAAACAGUUGAGAUAAAUCAUUGGGUCUGAAACUUGCUUGAAACCGAUUAAAAACGUUUCUGGAAUCCAGAUAAUUAAUAAAAUGAUUUUCCUAGACAACUGGAAAUGCCUAUGUCUGUACAAUUGUUGCAAUUGUUUGGAUCUCCCCUUUAUACUAGAUAAUCUUAUUCGCGUGUUUUUGUAUGAAAUUCGUUGCAGAAACGUGUUUCAGGAAUUUCAUACAGCGCGCACUUUCAUACAAUCAGCAGGGUAGUACAUACCAAGGGCUUUGAUAUACCAGUUUUGGUGCAUUGGCUGGAACAAGAAAUAGCUCAGUGUCUCCACCAACGAGGAUUUAUCCCAGACUGAUCGCGUAUCAGGCGAGCGGUUUACCAUUGGGCUACGUCCCGCCGCUAAAUCGGUUAUUAAGUCAAAUCCUAGGGGAGCACUACUUUGUAUAAACAAAUCAAACACUAUACAAAUUAAACCCUGAGAUGUGUAUGCUAUUUUCUGGAGUAAAACAAGUGAGAUUCCCGGGGGGAUACUGUCCCGACUGCUCCCCCCCCCCCCCCCCGGAUGGUACGGCCCUGUGCACUAGUGGUGUCAGUAAUCAAAACAAAGUUUUUGUUGAUGUUCGAUGUUUGUAAUUAGCGUGUAUGUUCAAUCAUCAUUAAGUAUUAUAUGUUUUUAUUUUUACUGUAUGUAUUUGUUGACCUAUUUCGUUAUUGUUGACUUUUCCAUAUAAUGUAUAUAAUAGGUUUUGUUAUUUAAAUCGUCGGACAGUGACAAACAAGCAAUAUCUUUUGAUGUUUUAAUAGAUCCUUGUUUUUCAGAGAAGUGAGUUUUUGUAAUAAUAAAUAUAGAAUAUCAGGUUA